AUGGCGUCUGCAAUGGGCAAAGAAGGGACUUUCUACGCUCCGCAGGAGCCGCAGGCCCAACAGAAGCCAGGGUUGGAGAAACACAUGGUGCCGCCAAGUGAAGCGACCAAGUUGGAGUCAAAUGGAACUUUCGUCGAGUACGUGGGCUCUGGUAAACUGAAGGACAAGAAAGUCCUCAUCACCGGCGGAGACUCGGGAAUAGGACGGUCGGUUGCCGUUCUGAUGGCGAGAGAGGGAGCGGAUGUCACCAUCUCAUAUCUGCCUGAAGAGCAAGAGGAUGCUGAAGAAACAAAAAGAUUAGUUGAGGCCGAGAAACGAACAUGUUUCCUCUAUCCAGGUGAUCUAUCUAUCCGGGAGACAUGUCGCAAAGUCGUUGAGGAGCAUAUCAAGAAGUUUCAGGGAUUGAACGUUCUGGUCAACAAUGCUUCGAAGCAGUUUAUAUGCAAGGACCUUGCUCAAAUUGAUCUGGAUCAUGUGGAAGAGAUAUUCCAAACCAACGUGAUCCAAAUGAUCGCCUUAUCAAAAUUCGCUCUGCCGCAUAUGACACGAGGAGACUCAGGCACAGCUGGAAUGGUCGAUUAUGCAGCCACGAAAGGGGCUAUUGUUGGAUUCACCAGAGCGCUAGCAAAGCAACUGGUGCCGAAGGGUAUUCGAGUCAACGCUGUAGCGCCUGGCCCCGUCUAUACGCCCAUUCAAGUCGAUACAAGAAAGCCAGAGGAGAUGGAGAGCUGGGGUGCUGGGUCAUCUAUUGGCCGGCCUGGCCAGCCAAGUGAAGUUGCAACCAGCUUCGUCUUCCUAGCGAGCGCAGACGCUUCUCUUUAUUAUGGUCAAACUUUGCACUGCUAUCCAUUGGGUGACUAG